AUGAUCAUAGGGUAUCCGACUGAUACUUUUGACUUCGAACUGUCGAACCAAGUUGUAGUCAAAAGUGACAUACACCCAUUAAAUGAUCAAAACAUUAUUUUUGAGAAGAUUUCUUAUCAAAAUAGUAUGGGACAUAUGAGAAAAUAUGUGUUAACUGCAUGUGUUUUAGAUAACAUAAGAUCAAGCUCAGCUUCAACAAUAUCUCUGACAAUGAAUACAUUAAAUAUACAUGAUUCAAAAUUAGUAGUUGGAUCUCAUCUUUUCCAUCCACAGGAUUUAGCAC